AUGUUAGAUCUUGAUAAAGCCAUUCAAUUGUUAAAAGAAUGUAAACACAUUUCAGAACAAGAUGUUCAUGAAUUAUGUAUCAAAGCCCAAGAAUUAUUAAUCAAAGAGGCAAACAUUCAAAUUGUUGAUACUCCAGUAACGAUAUGUGGUGAUAUUCAUGGUCAAUUACAUGAUUUAUUAACUUUAUUUAAAUCAAGUGGAGAUUGUCCCAAUGCACGUUAUUUAUUUUUAGGAGAUUUUGUUGAUAGAGGGUUUUAUUCAUUAGAAAGUUUUUUAUUAUUACUUUGUUUAAAAGUUAGAUAUCCAGAUAGAGUUACUUUAAUUAGAGGUAAUCAUGAAUCAAGACAAAUUACAACAGUUUAUGGAUUUUAUGAUGAAUGUAUAAGGAAAUAUGGAUCUGCAAAUGUAUGGAGAUAUUGUUGUGAAGUGUUUGAUUAUUUAGCAUUAGGUGCAUUAGUUGGUGGUGAAGGUGGUGUUUUUUGUGUUCAUGGUGGAUUAUCACCAGAUAUUGAAGGUAUAAAUCAAAUUAAAUUGAUUGAUAGGAAACAAGAAGUACCUCAUGAGGGAGCAAUGUGUGAUUUAUUAUGGUCUGACCCUGAUAAUGUUAAAAGAUGGUCAAUAAGUCCAAGAGGUGCUGGUUACUUAUUUGGUAAAAAUGAAGUUGAUCAAUUCUUAUAUAAGAAUAAUAUAUCAUUAAUUGCAAGAGCUCAUCAAUUGGUUAUGGAAGGUUAUAAAGAAAUGUUCAAUGGUGGAUUAGUUACAGUAUGGUCUGCACCUAAUUAUUGUUAUAGAUGUGGUAAUGUAGCUGCUGUUUUAACAAUUGAUGAUAAUUUGAAUAGAGAUUAUAAAAUUUUUGAAGCUGUGUUACAAGAUGCAAGUGCUAUACCUUCUAAAAAACCUGCUACGGACUAUUUCUUAUGA